AUGGCUUCCAUUUCUAUAUACGAGUACAAGCCCAUCUCUGACGAAGAUGGCAUACGCUUGUUAGAGUUGCAGCCCAACAAAGAUCUAUCCUCACCAAUCCACAGCCGUCUUAUCCAUACUACGAUAUCGAUGUGCGUUGAAGAUAUCUACAUGCACUACACAGCCCUUUCCUAUGUCUGGGGCAGUCCGGAAAAGAAUAAGACAAUCAUAGUCGACGGCUCCUCGUUGAGCAUAACGGACAGCUUGCACGCCGCUAUACAUGACCUCCGCGACCAGAACCACACACUUCUCUUAUGGGCUGAUGGUGUCUGCAUAAACCAGAGCGACGAAGAAGAGAAGACUGCUCAAAUUCGGAUCAUGGGGCAGAUAUACACUUCUGCACGACAUACUGUCGCCUACCUUGGACCCGCCAAUCGCAACGACGAAGAGAGAAUACUUCGAUCGCUUCGGCCGCCAUUUACCAUCACCGAUUCUCUUAAAGAAAAAUCAGAGAAGAACUGGAGUAAAAAACUAAGCCUAACAGCAGACGCCAGACUAGACAAGAUCCUGAGCAGGCAAUGGUUCGGGCGCGUUUGGGUCUUCCAAGAGCUUGUCUUCUCUGCCAGCCCGUGGAUCCAGUGUGGACGAACGAGGGUAAGGUGGGAGAGGUUCUACCAAGCGUUAAGGAAAGAAAAGAGUGAAGAUGACGGGACUGGGCAAGCUUCAAUAUCAGAAGCACCAGCUACUAGUAUCGUCUCACAGAUGCAUGAAGCUUGGGAACACCAUGGCAAAAGGCUCACCUCGUACUCGGCCCCUGAUAACACCGUCCUUUCCUACUACUCUGGAGAAAGGGUUGUCUUUGGAAAUACGCUGAUUGAUUUGCUGCUGGCAAGAAGGGGGCUUGGGGUGACCGACCCCAGAGACAUGGUCUUCGCUCAUCUCGGAUUUGCUACGGAUGGUCAACUCUGGACAACAGGAAUGGACUACUCGAAAACGGUCAGCCAAUUGUUCCUAGACGUCGCUUGGUGGAUCCAGAACUUGGCUACCGUCAUGGGUACCAGACUGGACUCAUAGGAUACCUUUGACGUUGUCUGCAACCCGCCCUCCUUUUUUAAGCGCCGCACAAGGCUACCGGAAUGGCUCUCCGCUGAGUACA